GUCUUUAUGAGCCAUCGAACUCCAUGGCAGCAAGCAUGGGACCAAGCCCAGCCUCGUCUGUCGUCCUUGAGAGAUUCGCUUCCGUCCAGUGCGAUUCCUCCACGAAUUCUACGCGUGGGUCAGCUGGACGCAGAACUUCUUGACCAGGAGCUAGUCCACAUACUGCUGGAACCAGUCAAUAAGGCUUUAGCUCUGAUUCACACAACGCUCAGAUCCCGCUUUGAGCCCGAGUUGUCUCUUCUUAUUCAACUCACACUUUACAAGCUCUCGGUAUGGAAUACUGGAGCGUCAUAUGGUGCUAAACUACAGGACCUCACAUACAGAGCACCUCGGUCAACCUCUUAUUCCCUGACAUCAUCUGGCCUUCCUCGUAGGAUCCUCUUCGUCCACGGCACUCUCACUAUCCUUGUGCCUUAUUUGCAUACUCGUAUCCGUGGACAUGCCCUCUCUCGGGCGUGGCCAGAUGCCCCCAGCUCUGAUAAGAGGAGGAAGGCAUGGGAGGUCCUGACAAAACUGGAGACCACACAUGCAAUUUUGGCGCUUUCGAGCUUUCUCGCAUUUCUGUGGGACGGAAAAUACCGAACUAUUGUCGAUCGGCUGCUAGGCAUGCGCCUUGUCCCUGCACGACGUCUUGUCAAAAGAGACGUCAGUUAUGAGUUUAUGAACCGUCAGAUGGUCUGGCAUGCUUUCACUGAAUUCCUGAUCUUCUUACUUCCAAUACUCCCUCAUCGAGCACUUCGCCGUGCUCUCAAUACCACACUCACCGCUAUCGCUCAUCCCUUGACCACCUUGCCAAAUGUAUUACCUAAGAGAGCUACCGCCUUGCUUGGGUUGGCAACUGUUCCCGAUGUCGACCCAAGUCAUCGGUCCUCCCCAAAGCGCGGCAAAUACUGGAACCUCCCCGAGAGCGAGUGUGCUGUCUGCACCGAGAAUGCCGCCUUAAAUCUGGACCUUGCGGACCCCGCAAAUGCGAUCGCGCAAGUUGGCGCUUUUGCAUCCGCAUCACACUCCACAUAUACGCCCGCCACCUCUUCUGCACCAGAAGGUGUCCAAGAGCCCUCAACACACCCACUGAAUACUCCGUAUCGAGCGUCUUGUGGGCAUACAUAUUGCUACGUUUGCAUCGCUGACAGGAUGGUCUAUGCGGCAGAUGAGGGCAGAGGACCAUGGGAAUGUCUUCGGUGCGCUGAGCCAGUACAAGGAGCAGAACGUUUGCAAAUAGGAGAUAACGCUGGAUACUCGACAAGUGGAGAGGAGGGCGAGGGCAGUGUUGAGGAAUAUGGGAGUGAUUAUUUCGACGAAUUAGGGAGUAGUGUGAGUGGCGUUAGCGGGAUGGGGACGAGCAUUGGAAGUCGCAGUUGGGUCAGUGGGAGCGACGACUCGGACUAAGACAUGAUGUUCUCUGACGAUAAAUACCGUUCAACUUGAAGCUUGACAUCUGGCCACGUU